AUUUAGCAGCCCAGCAGCAGCAAACCAUCGCCUCCGAUCUUCUCUCUUAAAAUUUCCCAAUUUUCUCUUCUCAGUCUCCUCUCAAUAAUUUCUCUCUCUAUCUCUCUCGCUCUCUCUCUAGACUUGUAUUUAUACGUAUACUGUACACUAUUGUUGUAUGUAUCUCUGUUGCUUUCGGCGAUAUCGACAGAUUUGAAUAACUUUCUCAGAUUUCGGGGAAAUAGACCGGCGGCGUGUCUCGCAUUUGAUUCGAUUCUAUAGCGCAGCGUGUGAUUGUAAUGGAACCUGUUUAAGUUUUGAACUGCAAGAGACUUAGGGUUUCUGGAAGCUUGUCAUUUUAUUACCGGUGGCGGAAACCGGCGGUGCUUGUUCAGAUUCGAUUGGCGACGAGCGAGUGAUGGUAAUGGAAUCUGAUUGAGUUUUGUUGUUAUUGUUGUUGUUCUGGUGGAAACAUUAAGAGAGUUAGGGUUUCGGAGAAUUAAAAAGGUUUAGUUUUUGGUAUAUUUACAGUUAUGCCUCGAAGUUCGAAGCAUAAAUCGCACAAGCAGAGCAAACAUAGUCCGAAGGAGGGUAAGGAUUACUCGUACUCGGAUUCGGAUUCGGAUGUGAAGAUGAAGGAGAAAGAGAAGGAGAAGAGCAGUAAAGAGGAGAGUUUGGCUAGGGUUUCUAAGGAUUCAAGCCACGUAGCUUCUGGUGAGAAGCGGAAAGGUAAAGAUCUAAGUGGCUAUGGAAAUGGUGAUGUUUCGGAGGAGUAUGCUUCGUCCAAGAGGCGCAAAGAGAAGGCUACAGAGGCGACUAGUGGUGGCGCAGAUAGGUGGAAUGGUGCUGUGGAUAGUGAAAUGAAGGGAGAAAGUUUGAAAUGUGAUGCAGAUAAGGGUUUUAAAGGGAAGGAAACAAAGAGUUCAAGUGAUUCCAAGAGUAAAAAUAGUAAGAAAGAAGGUAGUAUUGUCUCAUUGGUGGAGAAAGAGGAGAGCAAGAGUAGUGGAAAAGUGGAGUCAAAGAGGAAAUCUGAGAAGGAUUCUGCUCGAAAAGAGGGCAAGGAUUUGAAGGAAAAGGAGCGAGGGUCAGAUAGGGAAAAGAAAGGUCAUGAGAGUAAACGCGAUGAUGUGGACAAUGUGAAGAAGCAAGGGUAUCAAUUAGGUGAUGUUUGUGAGGAAAAGCAGAACAAAAAAGGUAGAGAAACUGCUGAGUGGUCUAUCCAAAAUGAGGUACAGAACCCUGACUUGGACAAGGAAACUGAAAAGAAGGCACGGAAGAGGAGAGAGGUCCCUGGUGAUAGAGAUAAAUAUGAAGAUGAUAUAAAUGAGAGUGAUGACAGGCGGUUAUCUUCGAAAUCCGAACGUACUAGAGAUGAAAAACACCGGCAUGAAAAACAUAAAGAAUACAAGGAAGAUGGUGAUAAAGAUGAUAGGCACAAGGAUGAUAGGUAUCGCGAGGAUGUUGAUAAGGACAGAAAACGACGUGAUGAUAAAUAUCGGGAAGAUAGUGACAGAGAUAUUAGACGUAGAGAUGAUAAGUACCUGGAAGAUGUCGAAAGAGAUAGCAGACGCCGGGAUGACAAAUAUCGUGAUGAUGGUGACCGAGAUAAUAGACGUAAAGAUGACAGGUAUAGAGAAGAUGAUGAAAGAGAUAGUCGUCGUAGGGAUGGAAAAUAUCGUGAAGAUGGUGACAGUGAUAUCAGGCAUGGGGAUGAUAAGUAUCGAGAGUAUGCAGAAAAAGAUGGCCGUCAUGAUGAAGAUAGAUAUCAUGAAGAUGGUGAAAGGGAUGAUAGGCAGAGGGACAUCAAAUAUAAAGAAGAUAGUGAAAGAGAUAAAAGGCGCAAGGAUGAGAAGCACCAAGAAGAUUUUGAAAGACAUGGAAGAUGCAAAGAUGGUGAUGAAGCAGAUGAAAGUGAUAAAAAGAGGAGAAUUAAUGAUGCCAAGUACGGGGAUGAACGUGCUCCAAGAGACCAUUCAGGUGACCGGUCUGAUGCGAAGCGUUCUAGGGAUGAGGGUCAUGCUUCUGAUUUGCAUUUAAGGAAAUCAGGUUUGCAUGAUGGUAACCUUGGUUAUGAUGAUCGUACAAGGUAUAAAGAUGAGCUCGGAAGAAGGAGAACUCAUGAUAAAGAGGACCUUGGGGAUAUUAGGUCUCGGGGUUCUAAAGAGCAGCGCUCUGAAACAGAGAAGAGAUCCAUCAGUUCUAGAGUAGAGUCUGUCACUGAUCGUGGAAGGUCUACCUCAAGGAAUGCUGAUGUAGAACUUACUCCAAAAAAGAGCAGGUGGAGGACUUCACCCGGUGCUGGCCCUCAUACUACUAGGGAUAAUUACAGGCUGUCAAAGCAAGAAGAGUCUAAGUACAGGGAUUAUCCUUAUGAAGAAAGGAUUCGACAUGGUGGAACCUCUCGAGAUUAUGCUGGUUCAGGGGGAUCAAUGGAGAGGAUUUCAUCUCGAUCAACGGAGAAGCUGAUUCAGAAGGAGGAUAUCUUUCAUGGAGAGUUCUCAGCUGAACGGCGGCUUAAAGCAGAUGUUCGCAGUUCUCCCCUGCAGUUGGUGGAUAGAUCUCCCUCUUCAGCGAGCAAUGAGCGAAGACACUUGAGUAGAUCUGAGGUUCGCCGGAGUCUUGAUGUUGAGGAAGCAACACAGAGAAGUGGUGGCUCCAGGGAAGUAAAGGAAGGCAGAGGUAACCGUGACUUUGCUGGCGAUGCAUUUGCAGGUGAGGAACUAUCACAAAUGGACGGAGAUAACGUCUCUGUUUCUUCACCUUUUAUCAGAGGGAGUCACUUCUCAGGCAGUUCAAAGUCUGCUUUACCUCCCCCUCCCCCAUUUAGAUCUGGAGUUGACAGCCCAUUAAUGUUUGGCUCUUUGGAGGAUGAUAGUAGAGGGAAGUCGACCAACCGUCACAGAAGAAUUAAUGAUCCCAAUAUUGGAAGAAUGCAAGGAAAUGCUUGGAAAGGGGUUCCAAAUUGGCCGUCACCUCUGGCAAAUGGUUUCAUGCCUUUUCAGCAUGGUCCACCGCCUGUUGGUUUUCAUCCUGCGAUGCAGCAGUUUCCUGGACCGCCAAUGUUUGGUGUCAGACCUUCAAUGGACUUGAGUCACUCUGGGGUUCCUUACCAUAUACCAGAUGCAGACCGCUUUGGCCAUGGGCGCCCGAUGGGGGGUUGGCGAACUCCACUGGAUGAUUCAUGCGGUCCGCCAUUGCAUGGGUGGGAUGGUAACAAUUUUGGUGAAGAAGCUCACCUUUAUGGGAGGCCAGACUGGGACCAGAGUAGGACGCUGUCCAACAAUAGUCGCAGUUGGGAGACUAGUGGUGAUGUAUGGAAAGGGCCAAUUAGGGGCACCAGUGUGGAGCUGCCAUCUGGUUCACAGAAGGAGGUUUGUUCAGUUCAGGGCCCAGGAGAUAAUUCUUUUGCUGCUCAGUCGGCUCAGCAAGCCCAGAGUGAGCAAAAGCAGACAGAUCAAGACGCUGAAAGCAAUGAUAUCAGUCAGUCCAGCAUUGUUCCUGGAAGGAGCACUCCAGAAGACUUGAAACUUAAUCCUGAAGAGCAACCAAUUGAGGUGAAGCCAUCUGGGAAAGAAGAGGCUCGCCUUUGCAAUGUUUACCUCGAAAAGCUUGAUAUAUCAGCAGAUCUUACGGAGCCUGAGUUGUUUGAUCAAUGUGCUAGCUUAAUGGAUGUUGAUCAGAACAUGACAUCUGAUGUAGAUAUCUCUAAAAUUUUGUUCUUGGAGCAGGGUGCUGUGGAACAUAAUGCGGCGCUGCCCGGCAAAUUUUCAAGUGCUUCAGUCAUUGCUACCGUGGCUGAUUCUGUUUUUCAGAAAGCCAUUUCCCUUUACAAGAAGAGGAGAGAAGAAAUUAAACUCGUAAACGAUGUGAAAUGUUCGUUUUCUGGUCGGCUAGGUGAGUCCUAUCCAGCACCUAAAUUAGAGAAUUCAAGUUCAGAUUAUGUUAAAGUUGAGGAGACUGUUCCAGCGGAUAAUGCGCGAGCAGAAGAUGGUGCUAAGGGGGUUAAUCUCCCUGUUAGUUCUGAGGAAGUUGUAGGGCUUUCACAAACCACCACCUGUAACGAGCUGUGUGAGCCAAUGAGUCUGAACACUGCUGAGAAAUCAGAUCUCCCUCCUUCUGUGGUGGAAAAAGUUGGCAUGGACGGGGAUACCGUUCCGGAUGUGGCUGAGGAAAUUAAAAUUGAAGAGAACUCCUUGUCUCUCGGAGAGGUGGGUAGAUCUGAUGCCCCUGCACCUCAGGUAUCUAAAGAUUUGAUAAGGACCGACAUUUCAAUUCUAGUUAAUGUCAAAGAGGAAGAGGAGUCUGUUGAGGCUAAAUGUGGUCCCUUGCGACACCCUGAUGUGUCUUCUGAGGUAUUUGAGGCAGUGAUGCCAGAGUCAAUUGAGUCUGGGUCAGUAAAUUUAAGUCGGAUACAUCAUUCUCCUGAAAGUACACAUUGAGACAAUUUAUUUUCCUGAGUUUUUGAAAUGCCGCUUAUAAUCCAUCAUAUGUUUUGUCUGCUUGCUGCUCGUAGCUAAUCAAUAAAACAUUUUGGUUCAUUUUA